CCAUCAACACGUCGGCGUCCAGUCCUCGCCGCCGCCUUCCUCAUCCAUCAACUCUAACUCUUUAUAUAUAUAUAAAAUAAUAGCAUUCAAGCCUUCCUAAAGCAUCAUCAUGAAUUACUGACGCGCCAUGGUGAGGUGUCUGCAGCACGCAGAUGAUGGCAGGGUCAAAUCCUCCCGUUAAGCUAGCUGCACCUGUCACCAGCACCACCUCCACUACCAUUACUACCACCACCACUACCAGCAGGACCACCAGGACGGUGGGAUGGUCACCGCUUGAUAGUCUGGGGAGGCGGGGAGGUGGCGGAGAGGGCGGUGUAAAUGGUUCAACGUGAGCAAGGGCUGGGGGUUCGUCACCCCCGACAAUGGCGGCCAGGAUGUCUUCGUCCACCAGAGUGUGAUCAAGAUGUCUGGGUUUCGGAGCCUGGGAGACGAAGAGCCCGUGGAGUUCGAGUGCAAGGUCUCUGAUAAAGGUCUGGAGGCGACGACGGUGACGGGGCCGGGCGGGGCAGAGUGCCGAGGAUCACACAGGCGACCCAUCAGUAAGAAGCGCUUCCGGAAAAUCAGGUGUUACAACUGUGGAGAGUUUGCCAACCACGUCGCAGCUAAAUGCACAAUGGGUCCCCAACCUAAACGGUGUCACUACUGCAAGAGUGAGGACCAUCUCAUAGCUGACUGUUCACAGCGCCCAGAGAAGGGCCGUGGAAACGACGACCCAGACUCUGAACUGGGAGAGACUAAGGUUUAACAGGGAAGAAGACAAGAGCUUGUUAAAUGUACUUACAGUACAGAUAUCUUACAAACAAUUGGAAAAUAUACCAUGACAAUUAAGUAAAAUUAUAUAAUACAGUACAUAUAUAUGUAUUAUAUACACAUACAUGUGUGUAUAU